AAAGACUUGCACCCCAACCGAACAUGCACAGUCCUCCUUCAACGAUGUUCAUCCUCAAGUCGUCUGCCCUUCUGCUCGUCCUCGCCGUCGUCUUCGUCGGACUCUGCGACUCCUGCCUCAUCACCAACUGCCCCCGCGGCGGAAAGCGAGCCAUGCAGGACAACACUCAAAUCAAACCGUGCAUCACGUGCGGACCUGGUAGAUCUGGGCAAUGUUUCGGACCGGGCAUCUGCUGCGGCCCCUUCGGCUGCCUCCUCGGCACCCAGGAAACCGUCAAAUGCCAGCGCGAGGGAUUCUUCCAUGGCAGAGAACCCUGCAUCGCAGGAUCCGCUCCCUGCAGGAAGAACACCGGUCGCUGCGCCGCAGAAGGACUUUGUUGUUCCCAAGAGUCUUGUCACAGCGACAAGUCUUGCACCAUCGGCGAAGCCAUUUUCAGCGACUUUUACAACCUGAUGAAUUCCGAGUACGCCGAGAAUUAAAUUCCAACGAUGCUAAAUGAAACAACAACAACAACAACACCGCCACAGCCACCGCCGUCGCUCAAUACUUAUAAUAAUA